CCCGCUUGGUUUCUGGCUCCUCUUAAACAGCACCGCGAGGGUUUCCCAGUCUCUCCUGUUUUUCUGUGCAUUCCUGCCGCGAGGGGGACUUUCCUUUACAGUUCCGGGAUGCAGUACAAGUCUGUCUGCUACAAAAUGCUUUCUGUGCAUAUUUUCUGGCUACGCUUUGCGGACCAUUUGACAUGGGUGUAGUGCCUACGUCGCUUUUGAAUUUUGUACCGUGUCCUUCGACUCUGCUUAUUCUGAUGACUGGUGUGACAAUGCUACGGAGAUCAACAGUGCAAUUUAUGCAAGUCAACUUAGAAGUAUAUCCCAUUGAUUUUAUUUAGGCUUUCUUGCAGGGUGAAGGGAUGACAAAGAAAAGAGUGAGGUGGAAUAAGAGAGUCUCCCAAGCUGAAGUUCAUCCAAGGGCGUUGCAAGUGACUUACCUUCUUGUAGUACCAUGCCCACAGAUGCUGAUCCCUCAACUUUAGUGAAAGUGCUCCACUUGGUUUUUCUUUCAACUUUCUGGGGAAUGCAGAUCUGGGUGACUUUUAUAUCCAGUUUUGUGAUGAGGAACAAUCUCUCACAACAUACAUUCAGAUUCAUUCAAAGUUGCCUCUUCCCUUAUUACUUCCACAUUGGGUCGGCUUGUGCUUUCAUCAACCUAACCAUAUUUUCUAUGUGUCAUCCCAGCAAGCUUCUCAAUGAGGAAGAAACCAUGCAGAUUACAGUCUUCUUCGUUUGUGUCAUAGUUGCUGCUCUAAACGCUCAGUGGUUUGGGCAAGUGACCUCAGACGUUAUGGCUGAAAUGCACCUGAUUGAACAAAGCUAUGGCUUAGGAGAAGAUGUUGGGUGGUUCUCACACAAGUUCUUUAUACGGCUGCAUCAACUGGAUUCUAAUUAUAAGGAGCUGACAAGCAGACUGAGCAUCUACAAUGGCUUCUCUUCCCUCUGCAACCUGUGCUGCAUCACAUGCAAUGGCCUGAGCCUCUACUAUAUGGCUGCUCAUCUUUCAACAUUAUGAUUACAUGGGUAAAUAAAUACUCUGCUUAGGAAUGAUUGUAAAAAUAUGAACUAUAAUGGUUUUCUUUAAGCCAUGACCUGAAUUGCUAUAGAACAGUCUCCCACAUACGACCCACAGGUGCUGUUUUUGGUAUAAUAUGCUGCAAAUUUUCUAGCCAUUGUUGGGUUGGCAGCCCAUGCACUAAGUGACUCCACAGACCAGUGGAUUCCUUGUUGCUCUUAUAUACUGAACAGACUACUUGAUAAAGACAGUUCUGAGAGACUGAUGUACCCAAGACAAUUUAAUGUAAUGAAAAUACUUCAAGUAUGGAGUGUGUUUUUAAAACUUCGUAAGCAAAUGUUUACAGCUGAAACAGAAUUUGUGAAUUGCCAUGCUAACAUUUGUCACUUCAUUUGCCCUCUGCUCCCAAUUUUCUAAAUAAACUAAAGUUAAGCUUUACGAUGGCUAUAGUCUAGCUAGUUAUGUACCCUCCCCCACCCAGAUAGGAUUGUUUUGCUCAUUGAAUUAUCAAGCCAUUAGUAUCAGGAAUGAUAGACAGAAGUCUACAGGCAAGAUGCAGUCAUCUUACACAGUUCUGUCAGACCCCCCCCCCCCGGUGCUUCUACCAAAUUUCAAUCAAGGUGACAAGGGACUGUCCCAGUUUCACAUCGGGGGGGCAGGGAACAAGCUAUAACAAAAAAUAUCUAUGGUUUAAUGUAUUUGUUUCAGGGGUUUUGAAUGGAAUAGCCUUGGCAUGAUUGCUAGAUGGUGCUAAUUUCAUUAUAUAUCUUGAACCACUGAUGCUGGCAAAAUAUGAUUAUUGCAUUUUGAAUAUAGACUAUCCCAAACAUAUACAUUAUAGGGUACCAAAGCAGGAUAAAGCUAUGGGUUACCAUAAUAAAGUUGGCUGCAGCGUCAUACUGUAAAAUGCAGUAUUGUACUGGGAGAAAGUCCAUUAAUAUUGCAAAAAUGAUCUGUGUGUAAAAAACCUUACUGAUCAGCAAAAGAGAGCACUUCAAAAACAAGCUGCAACAUGGAGGGAUGUUACAGACUCAGUGUGAAGAUGCAUCCUUGAUAUAUUGUUACUCUAGAACAAGUCAUUUUGUGUUUUAUUACUUCUAAUUUGGUAGCAUGGACGGAGAUGCUACAGUGACCACAAGCAGCUGGGUGGGUGAGAAAUGUACUUCUUCCAGAAAUCAAACCUUAAUUUAGAACAUACGAAUGUGUUCAUCACCUUUUUAAACUGUUUAUUUUCAAGAGGUUAAUGUGAUCUAGGCACAGAAAAGUCAAUAAAACUGCACAGCUCUCAACAAUGAGCUCCACAUUCCUUUGCUGAAGUGCAAAAGACAGUGGUAAAGAAAUCACAACUGUGGUUUAAUCUCUGUGGCUAUGAGUAACAACAGAGGGUAGGCAAUUAGGAGGCCCCACACAUUCCAAACCUUCUUAAAACAGCAUUUUUAGCUAUACUUGUAUAGCAUUGGACGUAUGUUCCCCAACACCCAAAACACUUAAUUUACGGUACUUACAGCUGCAAAGUUAUAUGCCAAGUUGGUCUGCAAGUAAAAACCCCUCUGAAAUUAACAGAACUUAUGGCAACCUGGAUACUUUGAAAACUAACCAAAUAUUCAGACCAAAAAUCUGUUUCUCUCAAGCAAAAUUCAGUGUUUUAAAUAUCUAGGUAGAUAACAUAAGCAUAACCCUGCUGGAUCAUGCCAAAGAAGCCCAUUUAGUCCAGCAUCCUGUUCUUACAGUGGCCAUCCAGAUGCCCAUGGCAAGCCCGCAAGCAGGACCUGAGUGUAACAGCACUCUCCCCACCUGUGAUAAGUAGCAGCUGGUAUUCAGAGGCAUAUUGCCUCUGACAGUGGAGGUGGAACAGUUUUUUACUUAAAAGUAUGAGCAGUUUUGAUCUAUUCCUUUACUUUUAAGAAAAUGUGAAUAAUGAGGCUUAUUCACCGAAAUUAUUUUGUAAUACAAGAGGAAAUGUGAAUGGAAGUGCCAGUGCUGGUUCUGUAGCACAAAUAUUUCAUUCUUUUGCAGGGGAGUUUUGUAUAGGCUAGGAUUAGGAAACAGGUCUAGUAAACUGUGUUAGGUGCAAGGUCCUGGAGCCUGCUGAACUAUAACUCCCACCCCACACACCCUUUGUUUUGCUGGUUAUGCGUUCCUGAGGUACAGUGUAAAGGACAACAAGGCCAGUUUGGAAGUAACAAAAACAACUAAGAGAAACUGAAAUAAUUGUUUUCUUCUUCUUUGGCAGACUUCUAGCAGAACAAUCCCAUUGUUCAAAGAAAGUAGCCUGAGUUUCUCAGCAUCAGCUAGAAACACACACACACAAAAUCACCUCAUACCCAGACCCUUCCUUUGCAGGGGGAUGAGAGAGAAAAAAAAGAGGUUUGCGCUGAAGGAGGGGGUAAUGGCAAUCUGAGCUCCAACACGUGUAACUACGCUCUCAAAGCGAGGGACGGCAGGGACAGAACCAGGAAGGGAUUUUGUGUCUUGGCACCAGCCUUGAGACAAACAAAAUCCUUCCUGGUUUUGGGUCAGAGCUCUUCCACAUCACUUCAGCUGUAUUCAACUGCCCACUCCUGGACUACGAUAGGUAAUCUCUCCUACCUGUCACUCUUUAUAGUAAUAGGGUCCUUUAAACUCUUAGUUUGAAGUUAUGAAUGGGUUAGGAUAUUAAUGAUUAAUGCUGCCACGCACCCAGUAAUUUUGUAAUACUAUUCAUCUCUUUUCUCAAUACAAGAAAGCUUUGCAUUAGUCUGGUUUGGACCUGCAUUUCUUGGAUAUACACACACCAUUUAGGCACAUUUCAGGGCAAAGCGCUUAGUUUUAUCCCUAGCAAAACAUCCCCCUCCGCUCAACGUGUGUUUCAUGGGACAUGUGGCUGGCAAGUUCACACACACAAGUUCCCAAGAACACGUGUCGUAACAACUGUCAUCUUGAUUGUAGAAGAAAAUAUGUACAUACAAAAUGUUCCAUCUUUCCAGUUUAUAAAUCUCAAGAGGGCUUGUUCCAAUAUGCGGGGGGGGGGUGUUCUCCCCCAAAAAGAAUUCAUGCGCAUUCACUUUAGAUGGUGAACCUUCUUUCCAAAGAAGUAGUUUCUAGAGAAAGGAGAAAGUUUGACCAAAACCAAAAAGGUAGGAGUCCCAGCUUUUAUGAAGUACCUGCAAAAACAGUUAAAAGUCAACCUCCAGUCUCCAGUCAACCUCCAUUUCACAACAUUCAAGAAAAGCUGUUUGCUAGUAUUUGUGCAUGCAGGCUUUGUUACACCACAAACAUUGUCCCAUUUUCCCCACUCCAUACUGAAAGAUACUGCUAUAACUUCUUAGGUUAGAUUUUCAAGUCUGCUCUACAACCUUGGAAGAAAAUAAGACAGAAAUAUAAAUAAUAUGCUCUGACUGUUGAAACAAAUUAAUAAGCCAGCUUUGCAAGAAAAUAUGCCUGUAUUGUGGAGAUCCAUGACAUUCUGGAAGUCCAUGUACACACAACAGCAGCAAGUUACCUUUUUAGGUUUAGAAGCUAUCGGCUAACCUUUUGUUGCAAGAUAGUCUGAAAACACAACCCAUCUUGUCAAUGUAGUGGCUAUGCUUUGCUAUACCCUUGAGUAACUGCCACGUCUGGCUGGCACCCCCAUGAAAAGACUGAGGCAUCACAGUAGCGAAACGCAUGAACUAGCUUCAGCUGCAGGUGGCGUAGUUUCUAAACUGAACUGAUAACAUACGGGCAGUUUUGCUUGAUGUUUAUAUCUACUGAACAAUAAUGAUUAACAUUAAAUUACUUUUAGAAAGAGAAACUUUGUUUUUGAAGCAAGUGUGUGAAUCCUAUUGAUUCAAUAUUAUACACUCGUCUAGAUGAUAAAGAUGAAUAGCAUGCAGUCCUCAGCUCAGCAUCUCACCUUUGGUGCUGCAGCGCUUGUAACAAUGUUGUUUCCGUGCCUAUCUGGUAUAUCUCUCCUCUUUCUUCAUCCUCAUAAUAAAGCUGUGCAAUUUAAUAUGAGAAACAAACAGGCUAAACGUGAACAAGAGCAAGCAACAUUACUUUUAAGGCUUGCUGGGAUAUUUAUGCAGCUCAGCAGGGCAUCUGCAAUACUAACAAGCAAUUACUCAUGUGAUGAGAAACCCUUUCAACUGCUUUGGUUUGUCGCUGUAAUUUUUUUGAGUCAGUUUAGGGAGUUUAGAUUUAAAUGGGUAGAAGGGUAAUAGUUUAAGAAUUGUUAUUUACUUGCUUUAA